GUCACUUUAAUUCGAAAAAACCCUAAUUCUCUCUCACUUCGUCUCCCCCCAAAAAAAAGUUGCUAUGGACGGUGGUGAUCUCCCUUCCGGCUCCGGUUCAGAUAUUAAGAAGAAACAAAAGCUGGACGAUUCUGUUGAUGAUGAGGAUGAUUCUUCUUCUCCAAUGGAGGUAGAGAGACGUCGUUAUAGAUCUAUGGCCAAAGUUGCUAUCGGUUAUGGGGUUAACCCUUCCGUUCAGAACUCGUUCAUUGCUGAGUCGAUCCAUAGCGUCUGCCCGGAGUUCUCUCUCGACACAUCUAAACUCAAGAGUGCGGUUCUGGAGAUGCAUGAAGAAGGUAAAGAGAAGGUUAAGAAAAUGCUGAAGGAACGAGAAGGGAGUCUAACACUCUGUUAUGAAUGGUUUGUACUUGGGGAUUGGACAAGUGAUGCCAUUGAUGGACCUAUUUUGAACGAAGAUUUCAUCGGUAUCAGCGCCUAUUUCGCUGAUGAGAACUGGAAGAUGAAUAAAUGGGUAUUGUGGUACCAUCCUCGUGCGUCUCUGCGUGUUAAGGACAUUUAUGUUGAUUCUAUUAAGAAUGUUAUCUUGGAUUAUGGGAUUGAGAGCAAGGUCUCGACUCUUCUUAUGCCUAACUAUAGUGAUCUUGGUGUUAAAGCGUUUGAUGAUUUUAGAAGAUGGAUUGAAGAGAGUGGGAAGAGUGAGAUCCAUCCUCGAGUUUUCCUCAUCUAUUGCUGUUCUGACAUUUUCCGGUUAAUGGUUGAUGAUGUUUUCAAGGACAUUAGCAUAUGGUUUAUGGAUCGUGUUCGGAUGAUGUUUCGUUGGGGAAGAUUGGCACCGAAGAAUUGGGAUGUGACGUUGUGUAAUCUGCAAAAAGCUGUGUAUCUUUUCGAAGAGGAUGAGGAUUACGAGGAUUGGGAACAACCAACUGAUGAGGAAUGGAUAACGAUUAAAACUUUUUGCAAACUCGCGGGUUGCAUUUACAAAGUUGCCAAGGAGCUUUUUGAUGGAGAGUAUCCAACGUCUAAUGUCUACUUCCACCUUCUUGCGGAGCUGAAGUUUAUGCUAAAGGAAGAGCUUAAGAACGGUGAUAGUGAUUACUUCCUCAGCAAAGCAAAGGUGAUAUUGGAGAGGUUUGUUAAGUACUGGAAUGAUAUGUUCCUGGUUUUGGCAACUGCUUCUGUUUUAGACCCUCGUUUCAAGACGAAGUAUCUUGAGUUUUACUGCUCUAAGAAGGAAGUCAAUGAGGAAGGCUCGAAAGCUGAAACUGUUUUGGACUAUAUACGCAAUCUAUAUGCAGCUGGUGAUAUUAGUCCACUACCAGAAUGUCCGGAUGCUUCAGUGAAGCCAAAAUCCUUGAGUUUGUUGCAGUUUCUCUUUGGCGUAGAAGCAGAAGGAGACGAAGAAGAAGAAGAGGAUGAAAAAGAGGAGGAGAAGAAGCCUAAUGGAUACAAGGACUUUGUUUUGUUUCAAGAAUUUCUCAAGUUUGAAGGAUCUUCAAGGGAGUUUCAAGAAUCAGAACUUGAUUCUUAUCUCAAAGAACCAAUAAUGGAGUGGAAAAAAGAGUUCAAUGCACUAGACUGGUGGAGAGAAAAGAACUCAAAGUACCCGAUCCUCUCAAGAGUAGCUCGUGACAUCCUCUCCAUUCCAAUCUCUCGUGGCACAUCGCACCGUGCUUAUGUUGCUGACAAGAGAGAGUGUCCUGAGUUUAUUGUCUCCAUGGAGGAUAAACUUGUGAACGCCAUGAUGUGCAGCGAGAGCUGGCCACGAUUUUGAUGUGGCCAAUAUUGGCUAUGUUAAUUUCGUGGAAUGGCUCCUCGCAUGUGACUUCUCACUCAGUCAGUCCUUUUGUUUCAAAGACAAUUUUUCCUCGCAUGUGACUUCUCUCUCUGUCCUUUUGUUUCAAAGACUAUUGUGAAAGAUUGAUUAGAUUUGAACUUAAUGUUGGGUUUGGUGUUUUUGUCUUAUUGGAUUUGAUGACUUCUAAGCUCUAAUCAAAAUCUCAUGUUUAAUC